CUAGAUCUAGAACUAAAUAAUACUUUCUGCACCCUUGAUAUAUAACUGUUAGAUCUAAUCUAGAUCUAUGUAUUUUAUUAGUUUUUUAGCCAGAGACAGUUCAGUAGUGAGUAAGCUAGAGUCACAGCCAUAGACCAUGGCUACUUUUUCAUUUGUUUUGGCUUACACAUUUAUUUUAUGUGUAAAUGCUAUUAAUACAAGGGAUUUUGGUCACUUUUACCAAAGCAAUCAGAACAAUGUCCUCAAUAUUUCACAUGAUGUUAAAGGACAAAUAGAUCCAGAUGUUCACAAAAAUAUAACUGAGUUUAUCAUCGGUGAGGGAUAUCCAUUUGAGAAAUAUACUGUUGAGACAAGUGAUGGUUUUUUGCUGGACCUACAUCGUAUACCUUGGGGAAGACAAAAUGGAUCCACCAGAAAUGUUAAGGUGUCUAGGCCAGCAGUGUAUCUACAGCACGCACUAUUGUCUAGCGCUGCUGACUGGGUCAUGAAUUUUGCUCAUGGAAGUCUUGGUUUUAUUUUAGCUGAUGCUGGCUUUGAUGUUUGGAUGGGGAAUACAAGAGGAAACACCUACUCCCGUCAACAUGUCAGAUUACAACCAGAUGAUCCAAAGUUCUGGGAGUGGAGCUUUGAUGAGAUGGCCCAGUAUGACACCCCAGCAUUCAUAGACUUUGUACUUGAACAAACCAAGCAGGAUUCUCUCUUCUACAUCGGCCACUCACAGGGCACUACAAUGGCUUUUGCUCUCCUGGCUCAGAGACCUGACUUUGCACAAAAGAUCAAAUUGUUUGUAGCCCUGGCACCUGUUGCCCACCUGAACCACAUGAAAUCUCCCAUCAAAUACCUGGCUGACUUUCCUGACAAGCUUCUGUAUGAUGUAUUUGGCCAGCGUGAUUUUCUCCCCAAUGGAAAAUUUUUGAAGUUUCUUGUAGACAAGGUUUGUGCUGAUGUUCUCACCAGGUGGAUUUGCUACAAUGAUCUCUUUCUCUUCAGUGGAUAUGAUAUCUCCAACUUAAAUCAGACUCGCCUGCCUGUCUACAUGAACCAAUCUCCUUCAGGUGUGUCCACAAGGGACAUGGUACACUUUGCUCAGACUUACAGGGAAAAACAGUUUGUAAAGUACAACUAUGGAUCAGCUCAAGAGAAUUACAGACAUUAUAAUCAGAGCCAACCACCACAGUAUGAUGUUACCAAGAUUAAUGUGCCAAUAGUUGCCUUUACAUCAACAAAAGACUGGCUCUCUGACCCUGAGGAUGCCAGCAAGCUGUUCCAAGAGUUGCCGAACUUGAAAGCCAAAUAUGAAAUAUCUGGCUGGAACCACAUAGACUUUGCAUGGGGUAUGGACGCACCACAGCGCUGCUACAGCAUCAUUGUUGACUGGCUGCACAACCUCACAAGCAGAUUGUAGUUAGCCUCACAAGCAGAUUGUAGUUAGCAUCACAAGCAGAUUGUAGUUAGCAUCACAAGCAGAUUGUAGUUAGCCUCAUAAGCAGAUUGUAGUUAGCCUCACAAGCAGAUUGUAGUUAGCAUCACAAGCAGAUUGUAGUUAGCAUCACAAGCAGAUUGUAGUUAGCCUCAUAAGCAGAUUGUAGUUAGCCUCACAAGCAGAUUGUAGUUAGCCUCACAAGCAGAUUGUAGUUAGCCUCA